AUGUUAUCUGGUGAUGCCAUUAAGAAUUCUUUCCCGGUUGAUGUUCGUAAAGACACGACCAUUGGGCACCUCAAAAAAUUGAUCAAGGAGGAGAAAGAACACCAUUUUAACCAUAUCUCCGCAGAUGAACUGGAUGUAUGGAAAGUUACCUCGGAAGCUUUGAAACAGGAACUUAAGAUAGCUAUUCAGGAUCAUUUUGAAUAUUGGAAGGCUGGACUACGUGAUAAAACAACAAUACCACAAUACUUCAUUCUAGCAGGAGCUGGAGAAGGAAAAUCUCGCACUGCACAAGAAUUGCCGAAAUUGCUAAUUGAAUGUACAAAUGAUGUUGACUUACAGAAUCGACUUAAGUCUGCUCUAGUAUUUAAUCUAUCAUUUGAAAAUGGAACAAAAUUAAUUCGAGUGUUAGAAACUGAUAGCUCUCAUGCAAUUGGUAAUCGAAUGCUCUUUCAGUUAUUACGACAGCCUGGUGAAGUUUGGGAAGAUUAUAAGGGUCGAUAUAAUGUAAACCCAGUAGAUGUAUUACGUAGAGUUGCUAAAUAUCGUAAUCAAGAAUUAAAUGAUCUGAAUGUGAUUGUUAUUUUGGAUGGUAUACAUAUAGCAAUGAAAAAAUCUAUGGAUGGAACGGACAAAGAAUCCUUUUUUUACGAUUGUAUCUCUACACUUUGUAUGCUUUCACUUAUUGGCCCAUUUAUUGUUACCUGUUGUACAGCUACUAUUAGCAUACCCAUUCACAAUUUCCUUGCCAGUUCACAACAAUUGAGAGUUUUUCUUCCAUUGACAUCAUUACAACCUCCGAGAAUAAACAACAAUCCAGUCUUUGUCGAUAAUCCAGUUAUGAAGAUGCUCAUAAAUGAUAUGGGUGGUCAUGGGCGUGCGUUGGAGGCUUUAGAACAGUCAAUUAGAGGAAAAGAUUUGGACAAUAUUAAUUUUAUUGAUCUAAUAAAUGAUGUACGAUCAAAUCUUGGUAAAAAAUAUCAAGGAUGGUUAAGUAAAACCGAUUAUUUGAAACCAGUCCUUCGCAUUAUUCUUUCACGUACUCAAGUUAGCAAAAAUCAAAAUAUUGCUACAUUUGCGGGGAAAGAUAUAACAGUAGAUGAUGUAACGCAAUUUGGUCUUGUUCGAUUUAAGAGUCGAAGAGCGGAUGAAGUGAUUGGCUAUCUUACAUGUCCAUAUAUUUGGCUAUGGUUAAUGGCGCAUGCAUCACAAAAUGACAAACUUUUACACAACUGGGAUUUUAACUAUUACAAUGAAGUACGCAAUAAAGCAGGGAGCAUAAGUAUACCACCAGGUUGCCAAUACUGGCAAAAUUUUGAGUAUUUUAUUGCUCAAUUUCGUGCUCUAAAAUCGUAUGUCUAUGGUGAUAAUGAACAAGUUGAACUCAGAGUCAUUCAUAAUGGUGCCAAGCAUAAUUUUGGUGAUAGUUCCAUAUACAAUCGAGAACUUACAUUAAAACAAUCAGUUAAAAAGGUCAGCACCAUGUCUGGAAAUUAUAAGCAAGGUGUAAAAAUUUUGUGUCAGGAUGAAGAAGUUGACGUUGCAAAAGCAAGACAUAUUAUAAUCAAUGCAUCUAAUGCUGAAUAUGGAGAUAGCUUUUGUUCGAUAAAAAUGGUGGGGACUGAACUACUACAAACGGAAACACACCAAUGCAAAUUGGUAAAACAAACAAUUUCUCAGGAAAGAUUUAAUGAUGAGUAUAAAAAAGCAACGAGUCCAGGAGAUAUUUUCAUUCUUUACACAUCAGCAUCCUCCAAAAAACUUGUACCUUCUCAGCCAAUGUCUGCAAUCGUUUGUAAAGACAAUUGGGAAGAAUAUUUCGGAUCUUUUGCUGGGAGAUGCUAUAAUUAUGCUAUGGAACCACCAAAUCUUAAUGAAGCGACUUACACUCAGCUGACUGGAAUAAAUUUCAUUGGAGAAGCACGUGCUAGAAUUAUCAUGGAAGAACGAAACAAACGCAAAUUUUCUGGUAUAGACGAUUGUGAAAGAAGAACAAAAAUUCCGCGUACAUAUCUUGAACCCUUUUUUUAG